CCCUUCUCGGCGUGGGUGUGCAGUGUGCGCCCUUAUGUGGGGUGUGCAAGUGAUGUCCCCAAGCGCUGGAAGUUUCUGGUUGCUUGCAUUGGACCCCGCCUUGUCGCAGUUUAAGGAGCAUCUGGGCCUGUGGAGCUUUGAGAGAUUGGUUGGUCAAAAUCCAGCAGCACAUAAUGACUUCAACAAAUAAAGCAGUUGAAUUACAACUGCAAGUGAAACAAAAUGCAGAAGAAUUACAAGACUUUAUGAGGGAUUUAGAAAACUGGGAAAAAGAUAUUAAACAAAAGGAUACAGAGCUAAGAAGACAGAAUGGUGUUCCUGAGGAGAAUUUACCUCCUAUUCGAAAUGGGAAUUUUAGAAAAAAGAAGAAAGUCAAAGCUAAACAGUCUCCUAAAAAGGCCAAAGAUGAAAACACAAAAAACAGGAUAAAAUCUUAUGAUUAUGAAGCAUGGGCAAAACUUGAUGUGGACAGUAUCCUUGAUGAGCUUGACAAAGAAGAAAAUAAUCAUGAUUCUGUAUCUCAAGAAUCAGAGUCAGAAGAAGAUGGAAUUCGUGUAGAUUCACAGAAGGCUCUUGCUCUAAAAGAAAAGGGCAAUAAAUAUUUUAAACAAGGAAAAUAUGAUGAAGCAAUUGAAUGCUACACCAAAGGCAUGGACGCUGAUCCGUAUAACCCUGUGUUACCAACAAACAGAGCAUCUGCAUACUUUAGAUUGAAAAAAUUUGCAGUUGCUGAAUCUGACUGUAAUUUAGCAGUUGCCUUGAAUAGAAGUUACACAAAAGCCUAUGCAAGACGAGGUGCUGCUCGGUUUGCUUUGCAAAAAUUAGAGGAUGCCAAGAAAGAUUAUGAGAAAGUGUUAGAAUUGGAACCAAAUAACUUUGAAGCAACAAAUGAAUUGAGGAAAAUUAAUCAGGUUUUAAAUUCCAAACAAAACUCAUAUCCAAAGGAAGUUGGUACAGUGAUUAAGUCAAAUCAAGGAGAGGAAAAACAAACUGAAGAGCAACGGAAUAAGCAGCAGGCUGUCUCAGAGAAGGAUCUGGGGAAUGGAUUUUUCAAAGAGGGGAAAUAUGAAAGAGCAAUUGAAUGCUAUACUCGAGGGAUAGCAGCAGAUGGCACUAAUGCUCUUCUUCCAGCUAACAGAGCAAUGGCAUAUCUGAAGAUUCAGAAAUAUGAAGAGGCUGAACAAGACUGCACGCAAGCUAUUUAUUUAGAUGGCUCAUAUUCUAAAGCUUUUGCCAGAAGAGGAACUGCAAGAACAUUUUUGGGAAAGUUAAUUGAGGCCAAACAAGAUUUUGAAACUGUUUUGCUUCUGGAACCUGGGAAUAAACAAGCAGUAACUGAACUUUCCAAAAUUAAAAAGGAAUUAAUUGAGAAAGGAUUUUGGGACAAUGUCUUUCUUGAUUCCACACAAAGGCAUAAUGUGGUAAAACCCAUUGAUAAUCCAUCUCAUUCUGGAUCAACUAAACCACUCAAGAAGGUUGUUAUUGAAGAAACUGGUAAUUUGAUACAGACUAUUGAUGUGCCAGAUAGCACUACUGCUGCUACUCCAGAAAGUAAUUCUAUUAAUCUAGCAAAUGUAAUAGCAACCACAGGCACUCUAAGUAAGAAGAAUUCAAGCCAAGAUGACCUUUUGCCCACAAGUGAUAUUCCAAAAGCAAAAGUGUUGAAAAUAGAAGAAAUCAGUAAUACUUCAGCCCCAGAGUCUCAAGUCAAUUUGAAACAGGAUGUUUGUCAGUCUUUAAGUGAGAAGAUUUCUAUAGAGCUAAAUAAAUCACCUGCUCAUUUUAUCACAGCUGUUCUUCCUUCAGUUCCUGCAAACUCAUUCCAGCUUGAAUCUGAUUUCAGACAACUGAAAAAUUCUCCAGAUAUGUUGUAUCAGUAUUUAAAGCAAAUUGAACCAUCCUUGUAUCCUAAGUUGUUUCAGAAAAAUCUAGAUCCACAUCUGUUCAACCAAAUCAUUAAAAUUCUGCAUGAUUUUUACAUUGAGAAAGAAAAGCCAUCGCUCAUCUUUGAAAUCUUGCAAAGACUUUCUGAAAUAAAAAGGUUUGAUAUGGCAGUGAUGUUUAUGUCUGAAUGUGAGAAAAAAAUUGCCCGUGCAUUAUUCAGUCAUAUAGACAAAUCAGGAUUGAAGGAUAAUUCUGUUGAAGAACUUAAGAAAAGAUAUGGUGGUUGAUUUCCAUUUUUACUAAAAUUGUCUUUGAUCUGUAUCAGUGCAUUUUUUUCUACUGAAAAUAGUGUUUUGCUUUUUAAGAAAUGAAAUCAUAGAGACAUUGGAUUAACUAAAGGGAAUUUUAAUUUAACUAGUGAGAAAUGUACUGAAAUGAAUUGUUUAUAAGUUUCACUCUGAAAAUAAAAACAUA